CUGAUAUCAAUCUUCUUCUUCAUCUUGCUAAGUCUGUAAACAUCCUAAUUCGAAUUCUAUUCUUACAAUUAGAAUUCCUAUUGCUUUUAAUGAUUUUCGCUUAUUUAGCCUAGAUCAUUACAAUUGGUAUCAGAGCUUCUCUGAAUCGAAGAUUCAUCCAUACGAUCUCCAGUUCCAUUGUGCACUUUUCAAACCCUGGCGAAAAAGACUACUGUGGCAUCCCUAGCUGUUUUAAUGGAGGACAAGGUGCAAGGGCUCGAACGGCAACUGGAAGAGCAGACUCUUUUGAACGAGAAGAAGUUUGCUGAAACUAAUCAAAAACUUGAUGUGUUCUUACAACUGAUGCAGAAAAAGACGGUGGAAAACUUAGAGGAUCAGUCGCUGCACCAAAUUUCUCCUGUAAUCCAAUCUGCGCACGGAAAUUUUCAACCAAAUUCAGGUAAUCAUGCUAGAACUCCUGGAUUUCUUCCCAAGAUUGAAUUUCCCAACUUCUCUGGAAUUAAUCCCCGUCAAUGGAUUCAAAAAUGUGCAAAAUAUUUUGAGCUUUGUUCUAUUGAUAACAACCAGAAGGUAGACUUAGCAUCCUUGUAUUUGUCUGGACGUGCUGAAUCUUGGUUUACUAGCUAUAUUUCUGUGCAUAAGAAGGUUUCAUGGGAACAAUUUGUGGUGGAUAUUUGUGCACGGUUUAAUGAAGAAUUGGGGAGUACAGUAACUGAAGAAUUCAAUAGACUUCAACAGUUCAGAUCAUUGGACGAAUACAUGGAUCAAUUUGAGCAACUGAGAAGUUUAUUGCUGCAGCGAACUGAAAGGCUGCCUGAAGAAUUUUUUUUGGAUAGGUUCAUUGGAGGACUUAAUCCUACUAUUAAGUCCUUUGUGAAAGCAUUCAAACCAAGAACCUUGAUGCAGACCAUGGAAUAUGCCCGGUUGCAAGAAAAUAGCUUGGAUGCCUUGAAGAAAUGGGGAAGAGGAGAGGGGGAUAAACCGGUUUACAGAAAUAUUGAAAAACCUACAUUACCUCCAUAUAGAUCUGUUGUCUCUCAGAAUGCCAAAGGACUACUGCCAAAACCCAUUACUCAAGUGGGAGAGAAAAAAGGAUUACACAAUCAGGUAAGAAGGAACUUGUCUGCUAGAGAUAUUGAAGAAAGAAGAAGAAACAACCUAUGUUUUUACUGUGAUGAAGGGUACUAUCCGGGUCAUAAAUGCAGUGCUCAAAUAUACAAGCUUCAGAUCAUUUCCAUAGAUGGGGAAAAAGCAUUUGAUUUGACAGAAGAAGAAGAUGAGGACUUAGAAGAAAAUCAACAUGAUGAGCUGGUCGGAAGCUCCAAUUCCGACUGGAGUGUUAAAAAAAAAAUGUGGUCGGAAUAAUCACUUCCCAAUACAAAAACUUUCGUAAUUUGAGAAACCCUACAAAAAUGGCCGUAUUUUCGCACCACAUGUUCUAUUUUCCCGUGUUUUGGGAAAACACCCUAAAAGUAAGGCCAAAUUUUUUAUUUGAGUUAUGACAAACUAAGGAUUAUUAA